GAUGUCAUUUCCUGGCAGGGGCGGAAAAUAUCGGGCUAUUCUCUUUAGUGUUUGCCCUGUCUACUCUCACCGUCUCUACCUCUCUCCCGUAUUUUCAUACUAAACCAGUCCAGAACCCCUUAAAACAGGACGAAACCGAACAGACACUAUACUUUAACAUCGUAACUCAUGGAGUAAAUCACAACCGGAGAGAAAGAAACCGAGGUAAAGCUUUGCAGUCAUCCUUCAUUCUACAAACCCUCACUGUGUCGCUCUCUCUUUCAAACAACCCUUGUUCGUGAAGUACUCUUCCUACCUGACUGCAAAGUCUAUACCUGGUCAUUCAAACAACCCACCUUCCUACCAGCCAAUCAGAAUGUCACAGCUUCAGUUCCAGGUGCCUGGCAACCCUGCACCCAGUGCCGCCCCUUUACAGCUGGCCCCGCCCCAACCCGGGUUCAGCAUUCCCUGCGGCGCCGCUCCUUUACCCUCAGAGAGUGCCAGUCACCCGCUCCGAAACUCCGCCUUGCCUUCUGCCUCUGCCACGCCCUUCUGCAACCCCACAGUAUCUAACAUGGCAAACCCUAAAGAGAAGACCCCUAUGUGUUUGGUAAAUGAGUUAGCCCGUUACAAUAAGAUCCAACCUGAAUACAAGCUACUCAGUGAACAAGGACCAGCCCACUCCAAGAUUUUCUCAGUGCGGUUAACUCUGGGGGAUCAGCACUGGGAUGCAGAGGGGACCAGUAUCAAAAAAGCUCAGCACUCAGCAGCAACAUGUGCUCUCGCCCAAAGCACUCUCCCCAAACCCAGUCACAGAAGCCCCCGCCACCCAGGCAAGAACCCAGGUGGGAUCUACAAGGGCUUAGAGUAUAAUGUAACCCACACUGUGGAGCUUAAUGCACUUUGUAUGAAGUUGGGCAAGAAGCCCAUCUACAAACCUAUAGAUGCCUACCAGGGGAUGAGACCAGCAUUCAACUACAACAUCAGAGCACCAAGCCCUUAUGCACGCUCCAUGCAGCAUUAUUACUAUCCAUUUCCUCCUGUGGGGCCAGUACUGUAUCAUAUGGAGCUGUCUAUCGGUGGACAACAAUUCCACGGCAAGGGCCGCACGCGUCAAGCAGCCAAACAUGACGCUGCGGCUAAAGCUAUCAAAUAUCUGCAGAAAGAGCCAAUAAUGCAGCAGCUAGCUGAGAUGGACGAAGAGCCAGUACAAGAAAACCUUAACAAAUCAGAGAUCAGCCAAGUGUUUGAGAUUGCACUGAAGCGCAACAUGCCUGUGAAUUUCGAGGUGCUAAAAGAGACUGGGCCUCCCCACAUGAAGAGUUUUGUGGUGAGGGUAACUGUGGGCGAGUUUUCAGGGGAAGGUGAAGGCAAAAGCAAGAAGAUUGCCAAGAAACUAGCUGCCAUCGCUGUCCUAGAGGAGCUCCGCAAACUGCCUCAACUACCUGUCACUGACAAGAUACCACUACGUAUUAAAAAGAAAAGCAAGUCCAUUAUUAAGCUGCAGACCAGCCCUGAGUACGGUCAGGGCAUGAACCCCAUCAGCAGACUGGCUCAGAUCCAGCAGGCUAAGAAAGAAAAAGAGCCUGAGUACACAUUAGUGACAGAGAGAGGACUGCCUCGACGCAGGGAGUUUGUCAUGCAGGUGUCAGUUGGAGGUCAGAAUGCAGAGGGAAUGGGACCUAGUAAAAAAGUGGCCAAGAGAAAUGCAGCCGAGAAGAUGCUGGAGCUUCUGGGCUUUAAAGUGCCUCAGCCACAACCACCCAAACCGGCGCUGAAAACAGACGAGAAGGCACCUGCUAAGAAACCUGUAAUUAAAGUAAACUUACCUUAUCCGAGCCCUGCUCAGAAGACAAAUUCACUUGAAUGUUGUCAUAUGCAAUUGAUUCAUGUGUUUCUCAAAGCAGUCAAUAAGGAGGAGAAUUUCAGAGUUCCCUUCCUCAGCCAUCAGCAGCUUCCUGCUGGCAUUUUACCCAUGGUGCCUGAGGUGGCACAGGCAGUGGGUGCCAACCAGGGACCCCAUGCCAGAGACUACGGUCGCACAGCUGCCCCCAACCCAGCCAAGGCCACAGUAACGGCGAUGAUUGCCAAUGAGCUGCUGUACGCUGGGACGUCCCCAACAGCAGAGGGUAUACUGAAGACCAACAACAGCUUGGCACACAGACCCCACGGACCCCUUACCAGACCAUCAGAACAGCUCAGCUACCUGGCCACUGUACAGGGCUUACAGGUUGAAUACAAAGACUUUCCCAAAAACAACAAGAAUGAGUUUGUGUCUCUGAUCAACUGUUCCUCUCAGCCCCCUCUCAUCAGCCACGGCAUCGGCAAGGACGUGGAGUCCUGCCAUGACAUGGCUGCUCUGAACAUCCUGAAGCUUCUGUCAGAACUUGACCAGCAGUCCAAUGAGCGCACAGCUAAUGGACCAAUGACAGGGUGCAACAAACAAGACCUCGAGGGUGAUGCAUUAUUAAAACCGGCUAACCCAAGCACUAUCAGAAAGACUCUGGACGGCACAGUAUAGAAUUGACUUUGAUUGGUCGUUUUAUUUGUAAAACACUAGAGAAAAGUCAGAAGCAGAGUUUUGAUUGGCUGCUCAAAAAGGCCUUUUGAGUAAUUCUUAAUAGAUCUUAGAUUUAAAAAAAGUUGAAGUAUUCAAAACCGUUAAACAAGGUCAAGAGUUGUUAAUUUUGUUAAAUUGUUCACAUGCAGUGAUACAUUUUUAAACGAUAAGGCUUUGGAAAAGUCGCCUCAUCAUAUCCAGUGAAGUGGUGUUAUGUUUUCGUUGUUAAACGGUAAAACGAUUAUCGUGAAGUUUGACUUGAGUAGAUUGGCUUUUCUUUGUUGCUCCAAGGACGUCAUGUUUUCAGUGUCAUGAUUUUUUGUUCUCGCUUUUAUUUUUCAUUUAUUUUUAAUGUUGUAUUAUAGGAACCCAGCGAGUUGGGUUGUUGUGUUAGCACUGUUGUGAAGUGCAGUAUAAAACCCCAUUGAAGGAUAUGAUGAAGCUCUCUAACACGUCUCUGCUGUGGUGGUUUUUCUCCAGUGCUUUUUGAGUUACAAUGAUGACCAUAACACUCACACAAAAAAAGUUUAAAUUUCGUCUACAUUUUCAUGUAGGUCUGGGAAAAUGUUGCGACUUCAGUGUAGAGUGUGGUGGUGUUUUUUGUUGUGUAUGGAAGCGAGUGAGUAAAUGUUUGUUUCAAGCACGAUAAUCUUCAGUCAUGUCAGUUAAACUGAUACAUUCUCCAAACAGUGUUGACCCCGCCCAUCUCUCUACCAGUUGCAUCCUGUUUUCCUCAUGGAAUAUGAGUAAAAAUUAUGUGCCUCUUGCACAAAUAAAAA